AUGCCCGGCAACAGCGCAUGCAGCGCUCCUCGCCGACGGAGGCUUUACCACUGUGGCCGCGCCAACCGCUGCCGCUGCCGCUACCUUGUCUCUCUCACUCUCGGCAUUCGCGACUCCUCUCUAAUGGCGGAGCGGAUGGAGAAGAUUAUUGCGGGGAGGGGAUUCGGAUUUGUCUUUUGUCUCUAUUGUGGCCUCCGCCUCUUUUUCUACGUCAAUAGGUGCGCGAUCAAGAUCAAGCUCAGCACAUAG